CACUUGCCCCGAGGGUCUGUGGCGUCGCAGGCGUCGCGGGAGCACUGGUCAUGAGGACCCUGUGGAUGGUGCUUUGCGCGCUGGCGCGCCUGUGGCCUGGAACCCUGGCCGGCUGUGCCGAGGCUGGGCGCUGCUGCCCGGGCCGGGACCCUGCCUGCUUCGUCCGGGGCUGGAGGCUGGACAGGGUCUACGGGACAUGCUUCUGCGACCAAGCCUGCCGCCUCACCGGGGACUGCUGCUUUGACUACGACAGGGCGUGCCCAGCUCGCCCGUGCUUCGUUGGGGAGUGGAGCCCCUGGAGUGGGUGUGCAGACCAGUGCAAGCCAACAACCCGCGUGCGCAGACGCUUGGUGCAGCAGGAACCUCAGAAUGGCGGGGCGCCCUGCCCACCCCUGGAAGAGCGAGCUGGCUGCCUGGAAUAUGCCACCCUGCAGGGCCAGGACUGCGGGCACUCCUUUGUCCCUGCCUUUAUAACUACCUCUGCAUUCAACAAGGAGAGAACAAGACAAGCUGCAUCUCCGCAGUGGUCCAAACACACAGAAGAUGCCGGAUACUGUAUGGAGUUCAAGACAGAGUCUUUGACUCCCCACUGUGCUUUGGAAAACCGACCCUUGACUCGAUGGAUGCAAUAUCUCCGAGAGGGAUACACAGUGUGUGUGGAUUGUCAACCUCCAGCUAUGAACUCUGUGAGCCUUCGUUGUUCGGGAGAUGGCCUAGACUCUGAUGGAAACCAAACUCUCCAUUGGCAAGCAAUUGGCAAUCCUCGAUGUCAAGGAACUUGGAAAAAAGUUCGGCGUGUUGACCAGUGUUCUUGCCCUGCUGUUCACAGUUUCAUUUUUAUCUAGAUUGCGAUGUAAAUGUUUCAGAAUGCACUUGUAAACAUGCUAAAUAUUA